AUGGUUACUCAAUUUCCUUUAGACUACAUGCAUCUCGUACUAUUAGGAGUAAUGAAAAAAUUGUUACAGUUUUGGAUUAAUGGUAAACGUAAUGUACGUAUGGUUGCAACUCAGAUAACUCUUGCUUCAACUUCUUUAUUAUCUAUGUCAUUAUUCCUACCUAAGGAAUUUGCUAGAAAGCCAAGGAAAUUAGAUGAAGUUGAUCGCUUUAAAGCCACCGAAUUAAGACAAUUAUUAUUAUAUACUGGGCCAAUAAUCUUCUUAAAAAAAUUAUCACGUGAUAAAUAUGUUCAUUUUUUGAGUUUGAGCAUAGCAAUUCGAAUUUUAUGUAACAAAGAAUAUUGCGUAUUCGUUUUCUGUCCUUCGGAUACUUUCUUUUUGUAUCGGGAAUUCCGCAUCGCGCUUCCUUUUCGGCGCGUGGUCGCCACACCCUUUUCCUCUACGGUGACUGUACCGCGGAAUUCCUCGCGUAAACUUCGCACGAAUAAAGAAAUUCGAUUAAGCGUACGCGGAUCAAAGUUUAUUUUCCCUUUAGACCUCCCCUGGGUUUCGCUUGGCACUGACGCCCACUUUUUACAAAUAAAUUCGUCCGUGGAAAUUGUGCGACCGAGCGUGUCGAUUAGCAGCUUUCCCGGCCGCCCACGCGAGGUACGUCACAAUGGUCGUCAAUAUAUAUCAUAUAACGUUCAUAAUUUAAUUCAUUUGUGUUCUUAUGUAAAAUUAUGGGGAGAGUUAGAUAAAUUUAGCGCGUUUAAGUUCGAAAAUUACAUGCAAAAAAUUAAAUCGAGCAUAAUCGAGCCGAUAUUCGAGUCGGCCAUUAGAACAAUUAGUCAAUCGUUGUAAAGAAGAAGAUAAUUUUAAUAUAACAAAUGUAGAAAGGAAUUAUCCAAUACCAAA